AUGUCUGUGACGUUCCAAACCACUGGCGAGCUCAUGCGCGAGGCAACGCGUGUUUUCACCCAGGGCGACGAUGUUCGCGAAGUGUCUGAGAUCAUGCAACUGCAGCGCCAAGUCAGCGACAUUCACGAGCAGCGCGAACUCGCUAGCAAAGCAGCCAUUCUAGAACUUACCGCAAAGUUGAGCGCCGAAGAGAGCAAGUGCGUUCGCGCAACGCCCGACAACCAGCAUGCGGAGGUGCUGCAGAAUAUCGAGAAUGACAAGUUUGCAUUGGCAAAGUCCAUCAACCACUUGGACCGGGACAACCAAGCGCUCACGAGCACCAUGCACAAAUUGGACGGCGAUCUCGAUGCCAUCCAAGCUCGGCGACAGGCAGUCGAGCAAGCCCGCACUGUUGGUGUUCCUCAAAACAAAAGCAUUGUCUCGUUGUACAUGAACAUUACCAACAUCAAGUGGGACUUUGAGCAAGACAACCUCGUUAAGGGCUUUGUGACAAAGAACAACGAUGUGCGACCAUUCUCGCUCGAUCCUAAGGUCCAGACGCCCUACUUUAUCGCAAACUACCUGUGGGAAAAGUCCAUGUAA